AUGUGGAAACUAUAAAAUUAUGCAAAUAUUAGGUACUUAAAGAUCUUGGUGGUGGUGGGUCAUAUGAGCAAAAAGGGGUUAAAAUUGGCGAAUGAAUUGAGUUGUCAGAUGGAUUUUAUGAUUAUUAAUAAUUAACCUAGAUGGGUCAAUAUCAAAAUGAAAUCAAAGUUGGUUGCUGUAAGAAUAAAAGAUGUAAAACUAUGAUAUAAUUAAAUUUAUUUUAGAGGUGUUGGAUAGUAUAAUGAAGGAGGCUAGAAGAUUGGUAUAUGAAUUGAAUAGAGCGAAGGAUUUAAAUAUGAUUCAUAAAUAGCUUUUAAUGGUGAAUCUAAAAAUGGCUAUAGAGUUGGUAGAUGGAAUAUUUUAACAGAAAAUAAAUAAAUGUAAUCAAUAUUGUUUACGGGUGAUGAAUCAUAUAAUGAUCAAUUUAAUGGAAUCAAGAUUGGCAACUAGAUUGAUUUGGAUGAAGAGUUUUAGGGUGUUAAAUAAUUAAUUUUUAAUGGAGAAUAUAAAAAUGGAUUAAAAUUGGGAAAAUGAGAAAUAUAUAACAUUUAUUAUAAUUUUAAACGCUGGGAAAUAAAUUAUCACAUAUGGAUAGUCAGAGAAUAAUUAAAUAUUAUUUGAAAAUAAUAUAUAAGAUUUCCCAAAAGCAAAUUAAACUGUUAAUUUUUUAUAUUCACUUUCAAUCAACUGA